AUGGACGAUAAGGAAGCGGGGUUGGCGCCCAGGGCCCGCCGGGGGGCCAACAGCCACGACGAUGACACUAAUAGUGGCCUUGGUUUGUGUGGAUGGAUCCUGGUGGCUGUUUCACUUUUCUUCACCAUUAUUACGUUUCCUGUAUCAAUCUGGAUGUGCAUAAAGAUUAUAAAGGAAUAUGAACGAGCCAUCAUCUUCAGACUUGGACGCAUCUUAAAAGGGGGAGCAAAGGGACCAGGUUUGUUCUUUGUCCUACCCUGCACUGACAGCUUCAUCAAAGUGGAUAUGAGGACCAUCUCCUUCGAUAUUCCACCACAAGAGAUCCUGACCAAGGACUCCGUGACAAUUAAUGUAGAUGGAGUGGUUUACUACAGAGUCCAGAAUGCCACCCUUGCUGUAGCAAACAUAACCAACGCUGACUCUGCCACGCGCCUGCUCGCGCAGACAACUCUGAGGAAUGUUCUGGGGACCAAAAACCUUUCUCAGAUUCUCUCCGAUCGUGAAGAGAUCGCUCACAGCAUGCAGGCCACCCUUGAUGAGGCAACAGAUAAUUGGGGCAUUAAGGUGGAACGUGUGGAGAUCAAGGAUGUGAAACUACCUGUCCAGCUGCAGAGAGCAAUGGCUGCAGAAGCAGAAGCUGCCCGGGAGGCAAGAGCCAAGGUAAUUGCAGCUGAGGGUGAAAUGAAUGCUUCCAGGGCCCUGAAAGAGGCAUCCAUGGUUAUUACAGAGUCACCUGCUGCUCUUCAGCUUCGUUAUUUGCAGACCUUGACCACCAUUGCUGCAGAAAAGAACUCCACCAUUGUCUUUCCCUUGCCCAUAGACAUGCUACAGGGCCUCACCGGUGCAAAUCGCUAGAUACAUCGGRAAGAUGUUUGUUGGUUUGGUUUCUUUCCUCCCACAGAGAGUGUCUGCAAAACUGAAUUGUCUGUGUAUUAAAGCUUAGGGCACURUUUGCUUACGUGGGUUUUCUGAGAUACCUUUUUUUGUUCUAUCGGGUAUAUGAUGAGGAAACUUGCAUCUAAUGUUUGCAAUUAAAAUAUUUAACAUUCAAAAUCUAUCCAGAAUUAGUACAAGCAAAUUGUUAUCUUAACACGUGUUCAUAUUAUCCUGGAUGAAAAACCUAUAAUCUGUAGCCUGCACUUCUCAAAUAAUCUAUUCAACUGAUGGGGUUGAGAAUAAGGAGAUGAUCCAGUAUUUGGGUAGAGGUUACUUUCAAAAGCCAUGUGUGCUUUGAGAGAAGUAUUUCCUUUAAUGAAAGGACCUGCGGUCCUGUAAGGGAAAGUGAACAGUCCCAACUGUAUUCUCUUGGACUGCAGCUAUUUCAGCUAGCCCUAUGAUCACUGUCAGAGGGCUUGGUCCUUUUGCUUGCUUACGUUAAGAAAAGUAACAAAGGUGAUGUAGGAGAGGGUAGUAGCAAUUUCUGAGAAUCAGGCUCACAUAUUUCUAAAUGGUUUCUCAUUUACAAGAAGUUAUUGGUCAACAUYACUGAAAUGUAGUUUUUCACCUCUGUUCCAAAGUACAGGGAUGGCAUGGACACAGUAUGCUUGCAGACACUGGGUGCUGUUGGGAAGUUUUGUCCAUACAGAUUUGUGCCUCUCUAAAGCACUGAAAAGUCUCUGGGUAUGCCUUUACCUGGACCUCUUUUAAAAAUUCAUGUCCAAAAAAACAGAAAAGGGGACCAGUGUGUAAUGACUCUUUUAAAUAGUUUUCCUUAAUUUUAGUCAUGGUUGAAAUGCUCUUAUCAGGGUCUAAACUGGCAAAUAAGAAACAGCUGAAACUGGGUGGAGGGAUAGGUAACAGAAGAUGCUGUGCUGCUUACCUGGCUAUUCUAGCAGCUUGGUCUUUAAUUGGUGRUGCAGCUCCACUACAUUAUUGAUUGUGAUGCUAGGGAUUUGUACUUGAUUUUACCAAAGAUGAAAACAUCUUCUAUUUCCAUAGUCUUGAUGUGCAUAUCUGUUAAGCAUAUGCAAAGUGUGACAACAGUUUAGCAGACAAAAUUACAGAUUAAAGUGAGAUAUGAAUCAGAGUCCAUGUUGAGGAAAGGCUCGAGCUACCACUG